AUGCUUCCGGGACGUGGAGUGGGCUGUUUGCCGGAUAAUCCUUUGGGUCUUUCUUGGCAUGAUAGUAAUUGGAUUCCGAUGCUCAACUCUAGUAACAUACUAGACUACUUCUCGGAACGUAGUAAUCCAUUUUACGAUCGAAGUUGUAAUAAUGAAGCUAUUAAAAUGCAACGGCUCAGUAUGGAUCAGUUGAGUAAUAUGAUUGGACUGGAGUAUUGUCUUCUUCAUGUGCAAGAACCAAUUUUGUAUGUAGUACGUAAACAACACAGACAUUCUCCAACACAUUCUACACCAAUUGCCGAUUUUUACAUUGUUGCUGGAAUAGUUUAUCAAGCUCCAGAUCUUCUUUCAAUUAUUAAUUCUCACAUGAUGUCUUCAGCAUACCAUUUAGAGACUGCAUUUGAAGAACUAAACUCAUUAGCUAGAUUUCAUCCAUCUAAAGGUUAUUCAUGGGAAAACCGUAGACCUGGUCAGCCAACUGGUCCUGUAACAGCUCCUCCACCAUCUCCAGUGAAGGUUACCGGCAAGAGAGACAUUGAAGAAGCUAGUUCCCAAUUUCAAAGAUUACGAGUAGACAUGUUGUUAGUUGAAUUAACAAGAAAGUUUCCUUUACCUUUACCUCAAGCUCUUGCAGCAACACCUCAAAAUACUAUAAAUAAUCAACAAACAAAUGAACUAAUUAAAAAAGAAGUGAAACAAGAAAUAAAACAGGAAAUGAUUCAAGAUAUAAAUAUUAAACAAGAACCUCAGCCUACUAACUCUUUAUCGCCAUCAAUGAGACCCCCACCAGAGAAAAAGUUUAAGCCGGCAUAA